UCUCGUCCUGAAGCCAUUCCCAGACCUUCCCACUGAGACAUUCAUCCAUCCCAUGGAGGCACUCACCGGAUCCAUGGCUCCUUCCCCACAUCCUCUGGAACAUCUGAGAUGGGAAGAGGGAACAUCCAGAACUGGAAACAGGGAAUCACCCAUGGGGGAAGCAGCGCUGGGAAUGCUGGAAGCAGGAGAAGAGGAGGAUUUCUGCCCCUUUGCUCCCAGGUUUAUGCUGAGAGGCAGCUCGGAUGCAGAGGGGAUUGGCACUGAGUCCUCCAUGGCCAUGCCACGGUCCAGCUGAGCAUUCCAACCUCAAUCCCUGUCUUCAGGACCUGCUGGCGGCUUUAACCCUUCCAGCACCAUCACCGCAGCUCAAGGAAAGUCCCAGCAGUGCCUGAGGGAGCUGACAUGGGAUGAGCGGUGGCCUGGCUCAGCUGAAGAAGGAAAACCACCCCAAACCAUCCCUUUGUUGUCCUCAUCUGUGGCUUUCACCCAUUUUCCAUCCAGCUCCCUUGGCUGAGACUCCAGGGAUUACAAACCUCCAAGUGAACCCAGGAACUGUGGAAUUUUGGAGGCGUCAGAGCACCACACUGGCUACAGUGGCACCAAAAUCUUGGCUAAUCCCCCCAAAAAACUGGGAGAUGGAUGCUCCUCUUUCUCCAGCGCUUCCCACCAACAUCCCUGGAGCUCCUCCCAGCACAGCACAAGCCAGUGGGAAAUGCUCUUCCUGGGAAGAAAUCACACCACGAGCAUCCUAUGGGAAGGAGGAACAUGAGGAUUGGGAGUAUUUUCUGCUGUGGUGGGAAAACACUCAGCCUGCUCCCUUUCCACCUUUCCCCCCCAAUAUUGCAACAAAACAGGAAAAAGUGCUGGCAGUCAUUAGCAUCUCCCUGGAAAAUGCCAGGUGGCCAGCCCAGCUUCCAGAUCCAGCUCUCCAGAAAAUCCCAGAGUGGCUGCAAGCUUCAGGCAGUGCCAGAAUCAACAUCAAAAAUCUCAUUUUCCUUCCAAAAAGAAAGGGGUGGAAACUGCUCCGGCUGGGUAUUCCCAGUGGGAUGGAAUAUCUGCUGCAGGAUGCAGAUCCCAAAAGAAUCAUGUCACACCACUGCCUGCAUCACCUGUGGGGUUCAGCCGCACCCACCUUGGGCAACGCCGCUCUCCAAGGGAUCCCUGGGGAUAGCUGGGAUCCCACGGGAUCCGGCUGCUUUGCCGGGCAUGCCGGCACCUGCCCUCCCGCAGAGCGAACAAACAAGUUGCUAAGUCACAGCAAAACCAUGAAAGCAAAACCACAGAGCCCCAAAGCGCCUCUGAGUCACUCCCCGGCCGCCGCCACGGCCCCACAGCCCUCCCAAAAUUCGCCGCCACCUGCAGCUGCUGAUCCGUGCUCCAAAGGGCCGCUCCAGAGGCGCUGGGAAGCGUUUCCCAGCCGGGAAAGCCUCUCUGAGCGCGGACAGGAUGGAUGGAGGAGCUGAGGUGACGCCCAAACCAACCUGGCAGCCCCCACUCAUCCCUUCUCUCCCGCAUCCUCACCUGGAUUUUUUAUUGGUAUCGAACGGUGCCAAGCACUCGUGAGGACGGGGAUGGAGCUGAGCCCCGGGCAGAGAGCGCUCCCGGGAUUAGUCACCGGCGGCAGCAGCACGGCUGACAUGAGUCACGGAGGUUUGGCCGCCCAGUAAACCCGGGAUUUUCGGGUUCCCGGCUCUGGGGUUGUCCCGGGGACACCUUUCGGUAACCGGUGCCGGGUUCCCGCAGCCGCCUCCCGGCACCGCUGCUUUGCCGUGGGAUUCCGCAGCAGCUGGAAUGGCGGGAUCGGUCCCAAAUAACCGCGUCCCUUUCGUGCCUGAGGUGGGAAUUGCGAUGGAGGGGUGGGAUGCAGCCGGGUGACAGCGGGGCCACGCCGGUGGCGAUGCCGACAGAGGUCACUGUUGCCGAAAAGUUGCGAGCCCCGGCCAAAAAACCCAAAGGGAACUCGGUGGGGAAGGCGGCGAUGGGGCCGGGCUGGAACCCAGCGGCGGGACCUUCCCGGGAAUGAUGCACCGGGAAGCGCGGCCGGCACCGCGAUCCACGGGAUGGGACGAGCUGGAGAAACCGCGCUCUGCCCGCAGCCACCGCGGGACACCCCAGGGGCCGCCCAGCCGGGACUAAAGAAGGAUCAUGAGGAUAAUUCCCCCCUGGAGAGGGAAUGUGCUGCCGCCGGAUGAUCCCGAGGGCGAAAGCCGAAGCAGAGCAGGAAAAGGAGGGAGCCCGGGGCCCCUGAGCCCCUGGCAGAGCCCCUCAGCUCCGGGACAGCCCACGGGACACACAGGGAAGCGCAGUUUGGGAUGUAUUGGGUGGCAGGUGGCGGGAGAGAGGGAGAGGCGGGAGGGGAACUCGCUGCUACUUUCCCAGCCCAAAUCCAAAGGAAGGCACAGAACGAGCCGGAGAGGGCGGCACAAAAUGCCCCCAAAAGGUGACUAAGCACUGUGGGGGUAGGAAUGACGCCAGCGGAGCCCAGCCUACGUUCCCAGCUGUGCCAUUAUCACAAUAUCAGGGAAUGACUGGGGUGGGAAUGUUCCCUAAAGCCCAUCCCGUUCCAGCCCUUGCCAUGGGCAGGGCCACCUUCCCCUCGCAGAGGUUGCUCCAAGCCCCGUCCAACCGUGCCUGGGACACUUCCAGGGAUGGGGAAUGGAGUUUCCCGGGUGCAGGACCAGGGAGAGCCUCCACAUCCUACCUCCCCCUUCUCCGUGCCUGAGCAGCCCUGCUUCCCUCCCUGCGGCUGCCGCAGCAUCCCGAAAUUCCUCCCAGCUCCACACCGCCUCCAGGGCUCCUCCAGCAGAUCCCACCGAGGCGAGCAAAGCGCACACCCCGAGCAGCAGCCCGCGCCAAAUCCCAAACGUUCCCGCUGCUUCCGUGGAGUUUUUUCCCCCCGCAAUUCCUGGCAGCAGCCGAAGGGAUCA